AAAUCGGAAAUUGGUAAAAUAUAUAUAAUAUAAUAUAUCGCUGCCAUGGCCAGCAGCGCAGCAAACGUCGACGGCGGCAGCGGGACGUCGGCGGCGCUGCCAUCGCUCUUCCCGGCCGUCGGCGCCGCUGCCGGCGUUAAGGAUAUGGACGGACUGAUGGCCAUUAACGAUAGCGCCCUAUCGCAACAGAUCGAAUUUAUACUGCAGGAUGCUCCCAUGGAGCAGGACGACGAUCCUCACCAGCAUUCGCAUGUGCAUCACCAUCAUUCGCAUUCGCACUCGCAUCAUCUUCCCCACUCGCAUUCGCAUCAGCAGCAGCAGCAGCAGCAUCUCCAUCAGCAGCAGCAGCAGCAACACCAUCAUCCGCAUCAUCAUCUGAAGCUGGAAAGCAGCAGCAACAACCACCCACCGACAGCAGCAGCAGCGGCAGCUGUUGCAACCACUGCAACAGCAGGCACAUCCACAAACAACAGCGCUUCCUUCAGCAACAACAGCAGCAGCAACAACAGCAGCAGUAGCAACACUAACAAUCACCUGGACAACCAGCAACAGUUGCUCAUCCAGCAGCAGCAGCAACAGCAGCAUCAUCUAUUGAACGGUCGCCGCAUUAUCAUCCAGGCUACGGGCAACUCAUCCGUUUUGGCCGCCAGCGAUAUCAAGGAGGAGGACGAGGAGGAGGAGGAUCCCGAGCUGAACGAUGAGAAUCUUCAGGAUAUCGAAGAGGAGGCUCAGGCAGCCGAGGCGGACGAGGAGCCCGAAACAACCACGCAGCAUUUGUCCACUCAGGUCAAGCUGGAGCUAGAGGAGGAUGAGGAGAUGCCCGACGAGGAGGAGGAGGAAGAGGAUGAGGACGAUGAGGAGGAGCACCAGCAGCAGCUGGAGUACCAAAUAAGUGCAGCCACGCAAACGGGAGGAGCGACAAGUAGCUCUGCUGGCGCCGCAGGAUCACAGCAAUUGGUUCAACUGCCCGCCGGUAGCAUUGUGAGCACCACCACCCACCGAUUGUCCGUUCCCGUGACCGAGGCGGCCCUUGUCCAGCUGCAGCGGCGACCUGUUUACAUAAGCAACGCAGUCGGUGGCCUCACGGCCGGCACAACCUAUGUGAGAAUGCCGGCGGCGGCGGUUAUCAGCCGGAGUCCCAUGACGGUGCUGAAUGUGGUGCAACAGGCGUUGCCGGCCACUCAAUUGAUAUUGCAGACACAGCAGCAACAAACACCGGCGGCGGCAGAGCAGCAAUUAGCAUUGGCCUUGGAGCAACAGAGGCAGCAGCAAGAGCAGCAGGCGCAGCAACAAAGGCAGCAGCAGCAGGAGCAGCAAAGGCAGCAGCAACAGCAGCAACAAGAACAGCAGAGACAGCAGCAACAGCAGCAGGCGCAACAGCAACAGCAACAGCCAACCCAUCCAGUGAAGCAUUCAGCAUCCAGCUCUUCCACCACCAGCAACAGCAAUUCCACAAACUCCACAAACAGCAACAGCAACAAUAACCCACCGGCAGCGGCGACGGCGGCGACUGUGACCACCAGUUACCAGUGCGUCGAGUGUGUGGAAAAGUUCGAUUCCAAGGAACUCUUCGACAUCCAUCGUAGCGGCCAUGCCAACAACAUGAAGUGCGCCAUCUGCAACAUGGUGUUGAAGUCCUUGAAGAACUACGAGAAGCACUGCCUGCGCUGCAAGCCGUACGAGUGCCAGAUUUGCGGCCGAGUCGUCCGCUUCCGGCCGAAUUUCAUCAAGCACAUGCGAGUGCAUACGGGUCAGCAGUCGGAGCGGCACAAGUACAAGUGCGAGGUGUGCCACAAGGAGUUCAUGAGCUUCGAGUACUUCAAGGUGCACAAGAAGAUCCACAACGAGAAUGUGAAUCUGACCUGCGAGAUCUGCGGCAAGGUGUUCAGCGCCUUGGCAUCGCUGCGGGGGCACUCGAAGCUCCAUUCGGGGGUCAAGCUGCACAAAUGCGACGUAUGCGGCAAGGGCUUCGGACAGCGCUACAACCUGAAGAUCCACGCCAGAACGCACACGGGCGACUUCCCCUUCGAGUGCAAGAUCUGCAAGAAGAAGCUGCACACGCAGUCCUCGCUGCAGACGCACAUGCAGGUCCAUCUGAGGGAUCAGCCAGGCGGAGCAGCGGCUGCAGGUGGAGCAGGAGCAGCCCUAUCGAAGGCCAGCAAUAGCAGCAAUUCGAGCAACAGCAGCAACUCGAGCAGCAGCAAUUCCAGCAGCAAUAGCGCAACAGCGGCGGCGGCAACCACAACGAUUGUGAAGUUGGAACCGCCGCAUGAACUGGAGAGACCCGGCACAAGUAGCAAUCAGCAGCAGCAGCAAAUGCAGCAGCAACAGCACCACCUUAACCAUCACCAAAUGGAACUGGACGAACAGUCGGGACUGAGUGGGGAUGAGGAGGACGGCAGCGGCGGCGGUAUGAACUCCUCCUCGCACAUUGUGAACGCAACCACCAAUCGCUUGACCACCGGCGAGGACUCAUCGGAGUCCUCGAAUGCCUCGCUACACCUGAACCAGCACUCCUCCACCUCAUCCUCGCCAGCCUCGCAGCACCAGAUGUCGCAUCAGCAGCAGCAGCAAUCGCAGCAGCAGCAGCAAUAUCUCGUCUCGGCGCCAACACGAACGAUUGUCAUCAAGAACUACAUGCAGCAGGGAUCCCAGCAGCAGCAGCAGCAGACGUCCGAUCCAACGCCCGUGCUGCAUGCACAGGUCAUCCAGAGCGGUGCAGGCACCAGCAACGGCAGCGGCAACACCUCCACAAGCAGCAGCAGCAACAGUAGCAGCAACAUUGUCGCCGGCAACGUCAGCAAUGGCUCGCAGUUGAUACGAAAGACGCCGAUCAUUCAUCAUUCGACCGGGAGCAACAACGGCGGCGCAGCGCUGACCAGUGUGGUGCAGCAGACAGGUGUUAUUUCGCCCGCCCAAUCGCCAUCGUCGUCCUCGACCUCUUGCUCCUCAUCCACGGUGCUGGUGUCCAAGGCCACCGGUGUGCCCCUAUCCAUAGCUUCCUCGGCGGCGGCUGCUCUCGGAGGCUCCACGAUUAUACGCAGCACGAGGAACCACCAGCAGCAGCAGCAGCAGCAACAAGCCCAGCAACAGCAGCAGCGGGUUACGCAGCGCAACAACCACCGAAAUCACCACCGACGUCGUCAUCUGGCGGACAUGGAUGACGAUGAAGACGAGGAUGAAGAUCAUCAACAGCAGCAGCAGCAGCAGCAUCAGCAAACGCAGCAGCAACAGCAUCACCAUCAUCACAACCAUCACAAUCAUCACUUCGAUGACGAUGAUGACGAUGAGAAAUCAUCACCGUCCCUGGCCACAGCGGCCAUCAUCAAAGUGGAACCGAAUCUGUAUUCCUCGGGCUCUGGCGACAACUCCAACGAUAUGUUCAUCAAGGAGGAGGUGAUGUUCGAGGAUUCGGCAGCCCUGCAUUCCCCACAAUCGCCGCCAAGUUCGAAAUUCCGUAUAUCGAACUUUGAUAGCGAUUUGGUUGAUCAUCAUGUGGAUCUGAAUCAUUCGCUGCCGCCGUAUGGCAAUCUAUUUGAACCGCACUCGAUACCGGACAGCAUACCGGUGCAGCUUUAUCCCGAUGACGACGAUGACUUUCGGCUGGAUCAUAGUUCGCUGGGUGGACUGCACAAUACAACGUCGUCGUCGACCACCGAUGGGGACUUUAUCAAAAAGGAAUGGGUCUACGGCACGGGUGCCAGUUCCUAUGCCAUGAACGGCAAGUUCGAUGACGACAGCGAUGCUCUGUGCGAUGCGGCCAAUUUCAUUUACAAUUGAGUGCAGGCAGCCGCCGUUGUGGUGGAUCAUCAACGUCAUUGUCAUUGGAAACUGGUGAAGCAGGUGGUUGGCGAGGAGAAGGAGGAGGAGCAGGAGGAGGAUCACCAGCAGCAGCAGCAAGAAGUGGAAGAGCGGGAAGUGGAGGAGAAACAGGAGCAGGAUCAGCAACGCCAUGUCCUGCGACGCGUCCACGAUGCAGCCAUGUGGAGCUGAGGAUUCGGUUAACCCUGAUUCAAGGCUGCACCACGUAUAUAUUAUACAUGUCCCCCCGAUCUCCCCACAUUUACCACACACACAACACCAAACACACACCACAUACAAAACACAUCCAAUAGGGUGAAUCGAUUUGCGUAGGGUGCAAAAACAAAUUUAUGAACAAUUCUAAUUAAUUUCGCUGUAACAAAACUUUAGAGCUAAUAACUAUUGAGCUGCUAGAAACAGAAACAGAAAAAGUCGCAGGGAAAUGCAUAAUUUAUGCAAAAAACAAAAUUCAAUUGUGUAGUAAGCACAACAAUUUGUACUAUAUGGGCUUUAAGAACUUUAGAAACUUCUAGGAGUAUUAGUUUUGAGUGAUUUAUCAGCUGGUUUUAAAAUAUCUGGUAUUAUUCAAAGGAAAAAUAUGUGUUUUUUUUCAACCCAGUUUAAAACUUUCACCAAUUUGAUUGUAAAAAUUAUAGAUCUAAGAUUUAAAUUUGACCUACCCAAGCGAAAGGAAAAAAAUUGGGUUUAUCUUUGGUUAAGAGGAAAUAGAAAGUUAAGCUUAAAAUCAAUAUUACAACUAAAGUUUUAAAGGCCAAAUUAUUUAGAAUUAUCCAUAGAAGACUCUUCCUUAAUGUUUUUCUUUUUUUUUGCAACGCAAUCAGGUCGAGCCACCCUAAUAUACAUAUAUAUAUAUUGCUUAUAUAUAUAGUUAACAUACUUAUCCUAUAUGUCCACCAUAUAGAUAAUUUGCUAUCUCUGUUGCGCUCGUGAUGAUCUUAUAACGUGAUCUUAAGUCUAAAUCAAUGUGUAAAAUGUAAUUUUUGAUUUCAACUUGCUUCCGUUCCCAGUGUGUAAUUUUCACCCCCGUUUCCCUUUGUUGUAGUUGUUUAUCUUGUCUCUCGCUCUCUCUCACUCUGUGUGUCUUUGUCUCUGUUGCUCUCGUGUCCUCUCUGUCUCACUCCCUGUCUCACUCUGAUCUGUUUAUAAGAAGUGUAUACAAAUUUCGACCCACUUUUAGUGUAAAAAAAAGAAGAAAAUCUCAAAUGAACUUGUAACUUGAUGUGAAACACGAAUUGUUUAUUUUAAGUUUUUAUUUUUACAAAUCACUUACCUUAAUAAUAUAUACACAAAUCUCUGUUUUAACUUUCCGUAUGGCUCAGCACAUUGUAUUUUCUAUUACGAACCCUAAUUUUAGUUGUAUAGUUUCGCAUUUGAUCUCUCGGCUUUAGUUUUUGCAUUCAAAACGAAAGAAAAUUCAGUUCCUGUGUAAUAACAAAGAUAACUCGAGAAAUUGUAUUAUAAUUUAAUGGACUAGACAAUCAAUGUGCUGAUUGUAUAUGGAAAGCUAUAUGUACCAAGCAUAUCUCUCUGUCACUUGAGGAUCCUACAGUAUUGGCUCCAAAAAUCUAAUCAGAAAAGAAGAAAUAAGUGAAAACUGCUUUAAUUUAGCUUAUUGCCUUUUAUUUUUUGAUUAACACCUUGUUUUCACUUACCUAAAGCGCAGUAUUUGUUCCAUAUAAUUCGAGAAUCCAUAUAUAAUUUUUGCAUAGUUAGUUUGUAAAAGGAUAAGGUAUUUUUUUUUAUUACUUUUAUUAGCAGUUCCAAUGUGCAAUCUCCCCCAUCACUGAAAUUCGACCUCUCUCUCACCUUCGCUCAAACACCUUGUGGUUUCCUUAAUUAGUUGCUAAGUACCCCCAAUUACACGAAUACAUAAAACACCCAAACGAUGUACGAUUAUGAUUUGCAUUACUAUAUACUAUAGAUAAUCUGUAGCUAAGUGUAAGCCUGAUUUCUAUGUAGUCUCUAAGCUGAAAGAGCAUGCUUUAGCUUUAGCUUUACCCUAACAUACGAAACUGCAUAAGCAUACGAAUAUAUAAUAUAUAUAUAUAUAGCCGCUGUACAAUUACUUGAUCUUUAGCAUUAACACUUGACAACUUUUCAUUUGCAUUUACAUCAACAAUUGUUUGUGUAUUCUUUUCGUUUUUCGAAAAUUAAAAAUUAUCUAAAACAAAUAUAUAUAGCCAUCAAAUAUAUAUAUAUAUAGAUAUAUAUCUGGAUGGGGAUUCGGAUACAAUAAAGGAGGAGAACAAAAAUCGACAUAACAAAAACUUCUAUCAAAAGCAUUUAAUGUUAACAAAAUAUAAUGAAUAAAACUCUAUUAAAUUAAUUAAAUUAUAAAUGUAUAACAAACAAGUUAGCCAACAAUUGUAAAACGUAGCUGAAAGAGUUCACUUCUUUUUCUGUGUGUAGCAUGGAAGGAAAAGCAUAUUUAACCGAUUUUUCGUUUCUAUUGAGAGUUUUUAUUUUGCUUCUUUGUGCUUAAUAUUAAUAACUGUUGUUGCUUGCCAUUUUGUUUGUUACUAAAAGAAAAUAACUAUAAUAACAAGAGCCGUUAAUCAUAAAAAACACACAAAACACUCACACAUAGACACAUGGAAAAGCUCAAAGGAAAAACGCGCAAAGAGAAAAUGUUUUUGUUUUCCAAAUCGAAGAAAAAAAAACAACAUUAUUUACGGAUUUGUCUUCCGCACGAGUUAAAAGUUCGAUUUGAACGAUGUACAAAUUUCCAGAUUGAAGAAAUCGAUAAACAGUUGAUGAAUUCGAUAACCAGGUGAUUAAACUUUGGCCCGCCCCCUUUUCAUCCACUUUUCGGAAAAGCGCCGAAUUUUAGCAAGCAAUCGAAAACAGUUGAAAUUUCGAUUCGAACGAUGUACAAAUUUCCAGAGUUUAUUAAAUCGGUAACCAGUUGAUGAAUUCGAUAAACCCCUCCCCACUUUCCACUCUUUUAUUCGGGAAAACUCCGAAUUUUGGAAAGCAAUAAAAACGAGACAAAACAGGUGGCAAAAACCUCUCGGAGAAACUCAUCGUUCACUGCCCCUCACGCCUUUUCUCACGCCCCUUCCCCUUCUUAAUACACUGAGAGCAAUUAAGUGGAAUAACAAGAACUUAACCCGAAAUCAUUUUUAGUUACACCGAAAAAUAAGAAUCAAGGAAAAACGCGAAUUUUUGUACAUUUGCAGAAUGAAAUAAAUAUUGUAAGAUUUAAUAAAUCCAAAAACCAAACUCCAAGAAAUACUAUUUUAUAUACCAAACAACAAAAGGAUAAAAACGAUGAUUAACAAGAACCCAACAACUUUGCACCACAACAACAACCAACUAAAUUUUUAAAAAUUUAAUCUCAACGACUGCGCACACAACAACAAACAAAUUUUUUGUAUUAUAUUAAAAAAAAAUGGAAAAAACAAAAAAAAAACGUAACUUUAAAUAAGAUCGAAGAGGAAACGGGUGAAGCGAAAGAUAGAAAGCAAAGUGAAAUAUUUUUUUAAGUGUAAACCAGGCCGGUCAAAAGGCUUGGGCGCCAAAUUUUCUGCAAUAAAAAAUAUUUAAUAAAGUAAUAUUGUAAACUUUAUAGUGUACACACAAAAACACCUUACAUUAGGAUCGAAAAUGGAUAAAAUAAUUGUGAAGCCAAGAACAGUCCAAUUAAAAACACAUUCACACAAAUUAAAUGUGGUUUAGUUGUCUUCUUUUUUUUAAAACAUAAAAGUACCUAAAAAUCAAAUAAUUGAAGAAAUUUAAUAAAAACUAAUUUCUGUGUGUCCCCUGUGUGUAACUUUGCAAAGUCUAAAUUAUUGAAACCAAAAUAAAAAACAACACAUAAUCAUAUUAACACAAGAGAAAAACGGAAACAAAUUAAAAUUAAUAAAACAAUUUGUAACUAAGCAAAAGUAUAAUUAUUUUUAAAGGGAAAUCAAUUUGUUAUGCACAAAAAUAUAUAUGCAGAAAAGCCAACUUUUUAAGUUACGAAUUUGUUAAAGGAUCUAAGGAGUAGAAGAAAACCCGACUUUUUAAAGCAUUUUCGAGAAAUAUUGAGAAAAAAAACCGAACAAUUUCAAUCUGAACAACAACAUAAAGCCCACGAAAAUAUAUAUAUUAUAUAUAAAUAAAGGUAAAUAAAUAUAUUUAAAUAAAUUAUCUAUAAACAGAAACGGUAAAGUAAAUUAAACAAAUCGUAUUUAUACACUAUGAAUGUCUAGUCGUAUUUUCAGUAUUAUGUAAACCGCCCCUCCCUUUUCCCUCCCCCACAAAAAAAACACCGUAAAAAUAAAAAAAAAACUAUAGAAAGCUAAGCUAAAUGAAUGUGAAAUGGAAAAAAACAAAUUUUUGAAAAUGCAAACUAAAAGCAAAAAAUAAAAAUAUAAACCAGAAAUUAUGUGUGUAGCGUGUACAAUAAAACAGAAUUAACAAAAUAUGGUAAACAAUUUUUAGAAGCAUUUUUAACACAUAUGGGAAAACCAAACUUAAUGUUUACAUAACGACGAUGAAGUGCAAGCGCAAAAUUAAACGAAAUGUGUCUGUUUUUAGUGUUAGACUCGAUGUAAGCGAAACCACAAUAAAAAAGAACAUAACAAGAAAUCAUAUAUAUAUAUUAUAUACAUAAAGAUCAUUACGAAUUACUAAAUCAAUGUGUGUAAACGGAAGAGAUUUUAAGAAAGAGGUGUGUUUAAAGUCCGUUUAUCAUUAUGUUUCUUGUUCUGUUUUCGGUGUCCUGACAUAAAUCCUUGUCCUAGAUUUUUAAUACUUGAAAAAAGAUCCAUAACCAUCGGUUACAACUUUAAAUAAAGAAUAAUUUGAUCAUGGGCUCUUAUGUCAGCACACUGGUUGCGUGGGAAGAACGCGCGUUGUAUGUAUUUGAAAAUAUCUAUAUUUUUUUAUUACUCUUAGUUUUUGUGUAUAAAGCAUACAAAUCAAAUAUUACAAAAAAAAAGGAACAAGUAUGUUUAAAUGAUUUAACCUUAGUGCAUAAUUUUAUUAACCAUUAUAAUUUCUCACCUUAAUAGUAAACACUUACUGGAUCUUUAUUAUUUCUUAAUUUAACGCCAACAAAAAAUGAAAAUAUAUAUUUUGUCAGAGUAAAA